AUGUCGUCCAGCAAGCCGUUAACUCUUGCCAGCUCUGAUGGAGAGGAGAUCGUCGUUGAUCGAGAUGUCGCGGAGAGAUCAAUCCUGAUCAAGAACAUGGUUGGCGAUCUUGGAGAGGACGCCAUGGAGGAAGCCAUUCCCAUCCCCAACGUCAACUCUGCGGUCCUCAAGAAAGUCAUCGAAUGGUGCACCCAUCACAAGCAUGACCCUCCUUCCACCAACGAAGAUGACUCAGAUUCGCGCAAGAAAUCUACGGAUAUCGACGAAUGGGACCAAAAGUUCAUGCAAGUUGAUCAAGAGAUGCUCUUCGAGAUUAUUCUGGCUGCCAACUACCUCGAUAUCAAGGCCUUGCUUGAUGUCGGCUGCAAGACGGUUGCCAACAUGAUCAAGGGCAAGUCGCCGGAGGAGAUUCGCAAAACGUUCAACAUUCAAAACGAUUUCACUCCCGAGGAAGAAGAUCAGAUCCGUCGCGAAAACGAAUGGGCCGAGGAGUAA